UUCGUCCGUGUGGGUUGUUUACAUUGCUCUGUGAGAGGCGCAGAGUACAUCUCGCUAUCCUGCGCUUAUGAUCGUAAAUCAAAUAGUACAUCUAAUUGAAAUACUAAAAUGAAAAACCACUGUACCAUUAUUAAACGAUCGAAACUCAGCACAAUGAAAAGGCCGUGCAGCAAGUGACUAUCGUCUUCUCCAACAGGUCUCGCUAACGCUACUCUGUGUCGCCGUUGCAUCGGCUAUGGCAUCUCUCCUCCCCCAUGCACCUCCUCCCUAUGGAGCCCCGCCACACCCCACCUACAUCCAGAAGGGUCGUCCUUACAAGUUCGAGUACGGCGUGGUCGACGACUACGUUGGGGCGAACUACGGGCACGACGAAACCUCAGACGGGGAGCUGGUGCAGGGCUCCUACUACGUGGCUCUCCCUGACGGCCGCUUCCAAACAGUCAAGUACCAGGCCGACGACGCCGUAGGAUACGUAGCCGACGUGGAGUACAAGGGAGACGCCCAGCACCCUCCCCACUACGCCCCCUCCGUGACCUUCCGCCCCGCCGUCCCGCCCCCCUCCCCCGCCCAUACCCCGCCCCCUACCACCACCACUGCCCCCCCUCCACCGCCCCCUACCACAAUCCCUUACGAGGCAGAGGAAUAACGACUUCGAUAUGUCCUGCAGCAGGACACUGAUGUUCCUUCCCCUUCAGAAUAUGGUAGACCAUGCUGGUAAUGUGUUGAGCCCGACCACACGCUUCCCUUUGCACACGAAUCGUUAGUCAAGUGUUUUAGACGUUUUAAUAAAUGUGAUAUCAUAA